AUGAUAAAAAGUAGCCUGCUGUAUGGGUCAGAAACAUGGAGAAUGACCAAAAACCUGAAAAGGAAACUGGAAGCUAUGGAAAUGGAUGCUAUGAAAAGAGUUGCAGGAAUAUCGCGCUUAGAAAGAUUUAUUCCAGUUGUAAACGAAAAUGUGAGCUUGGUGAUUUCGAGGCAAGUUUUGACUGAUGUCAGCAGCCGUUUAUUAUUUUUACCCGAUGAAAUAUCAAAGGCUGUUUCGCAUUACACUCUAGAUAAGGUUCAGCCACGUGUAAUUUCUUUUGAAGAACAAGUAGCUAGUAUAAGGCAACAUUUAGCUGAUAUUUAUGAACGUAAUCAGAAUUGGCGAGAAGCCGCAAAUGUUUUAGUCGGCAUACCAUUGGAAACAGGACAAAAGCAAUAUACUAUUGAUUACAAACUCGAGACUUAUCUUAAAAUUGCUAGAUUAUAUUUAGAAGAUGAUGAUCCAGUACAAGCUGAAGCGUUUAUCAAUCGGGCGUCACUUUUGCAGGCCGAGUCUAAAAAUGAACAAUUACAAAUCUAUUAUAAAGUCUGCUAUGCAAGAGUACUAGAUUAUAGAAGGAAGUUUAUAGAAGCAGCUCAGAGAUACAAUGAGUUAUCAUAUAGAUCCAUUAUUCAUGAAGACGAACGCAUGACUGCUCUUAGAAACGCAUUGAUUUGCACAGUAUUAGCUUCCGCAGGACAACAGAGAAGUCGAAUGUUGGCAACCUUAUUCAAAGACGAACGUUGUCAGCAGCUUCCGGCUUAUUCGAUCCUUGAGAAAAUGUAUUUAGAUCGUAUUAUUCGGCGUUCGGAACUGCAAGAAUUCGAAGCGUUAUUGCAACCUCACCAGAAAGCAUGUACCAUCGACGGAUUAGGCUCCACUAUACUCGAUCGUGCCGUCAUCGAACAUAACUUAUUGUCCGCUAGUAAACUGUACAACAACAUUUCGUUCGAAGAAUUGGGCGCAUUGUUGGAUAUUCCACCUACUAAAGCGGAAAAGAUCGCUAGCCAAAUGAUUACCGAGAGCAGAAUGAAUGGUUAUAUCGAUCAAAUAGAUUCUAUAGUACAUUUCGAAACACGCGAAACCUUACCGACGUGGGACAAGCAAAUACAAUCAUUAUGUUACCAAGUGAAUCAAAUAAUCGAAAAGAUAGCUCAAACCGAACCAGAAUGGAUCGCAAAAGCAAUGGAAGAUCAGAUGGUGCAUUAAUAUAGAUUUUGUUUAAUAUGGAGGAAUGUCGUCAUGAAUACUGGAAUUUGAUUUAAAAUUUGAUUUAUAAUAAUAAUUGUAUAUUAUAACAGAAUCAGAGAGCCAAAAUAGUAAUCGUUUAUAUUUAUAGUUCAUUCUUAAAACGCAAAUAUUGUCCGAUAUGCACGACGUUCAUUGUAUUUAUUUUCUAUAAUGUAACAUCUCUCGUCGAAUUUUUCAGAAAUAUAUCCGCAUUGUUUUUCAAAAAAUUAAUAGGCAGAUUAUAUGUUUAAGAUACCUUAAAUGCAUACUGUAUCCUUAAAGCUUUAUGAUAGGGAAAGGUUCCAGUAUUACAUAUCGCUUAUUAAAUGGAACUAAUAAAAGAUCGAUAUAAAAUUAAUCAUAUACACAACGCAAAUAAAUUUAAGUUCACUCAAAGAAAACGUUUAAAAAAUCAUUCAUUUGCAGUCAAUUCAGAUAAAAUCAUUGUAUGAUAAAAAAUAAUGUAAAUUCUUGUAAAUAAAUCACAUUUACAUUUUGUAUAAUGUUCUUUACUAAACACACAAAUAAUCAGUAAUGAAUAAUUGUUGAGGAGAAUAAAAGCUACACACAUAUUUUAAAUUCACGAUUAUUAUUCCCUAUAUAAAAUAAAGCAGUGGAAUUACAUAUAGCUAUGUAAUUAUUGUGUCUUGAAAAUACGACUAUUGUUUGUUACAUGUGUGAUUGAACAUUGAACAAUCUUAUAAACAGAAAUAUGGUUUGGUACUAUCCAAAGCAAAUAUCGUAAUUUAACCAAACUGGCAGUAUUCUUCUUUAUACAAAAAAAAAAAACGGACAA